CUGCAUAAACCACCUCUUCUUAGCUCCUAUUUAAUCCAACACAGUAAUUCAUCGCACUCCAAAUUAAGAUCUUCGCACUUCUCCCGCAAACUCAGAAUCCAAAAUUAGCAAAUUUAUAAUUUUACCUCCAAUUUCAAUCGCGUUAACCAGAUACGACAAUGGCAUUUUCUGUCACAUCUUCACUUGUUCAUACUUCUUCCAUUGACCAAGCUAUAGCCGCGCAUUUCGGUGCAUUUCAGCCGCUGGAUCGGCUCAAUUCCGCAGCAACGGCCGUGAAUUUCUCCACGAGGCGCUGGUCCGUGACUCCCUUGAAUGCCGAACUGAAUCGGAAUGACUCGAUCGUCUCCGCUGCGGCAGCCGUAUCUUCCACUCCUGGUCUAUUGAAUGCAGCAGAGGUUGCCGGACAUGUGGAGGGAGAGGACUAUGGAGAAUUGGCAAAGGAGCUCGACAAUUGUUCGCCGCUCGAGAUUAUGGAUAAAGCCCUUGAGAAAUUUGGAAACGAUAUUGCGAUUGCCUUUAGUGGUGCAGAAGAUGUUGCUUUGCUCGAAUAUGCACGUUUAACUGGACGACCAUUCAGGGUGUUCAGCCUGGAUACUGGGAGGUUGAAUCCUGAGACAUACCGAUUCUUUGAUGAAGUUGAGAAGCACUACGGCAUCCACAUUGAGUACAUGUUUCCUGAUGCUGCUGAAGUUCAAGAUUUGGUUAGGAACAAGGGUCUAUUCUCGUUCUAUGAAGACGGGCACCAAGAAUGUUGCCGUGUGAGGAAGGUUAGGCCCCUGAGGAGGGCCCUGAAGGGGCUACGUGCAUGGGUAACUGGCCAGCGCAAGGAUCAGUCCCCAGGUACCCGGUCAGAAGUCCCUGUAGUCCAGGUGGAUCCUGUUUUCGAGGGGCUUGAUGGUGGGGAUGGCAGCUUGGUGAAGUGGAACCCUGUGGCGAACUCCAAAGGUGAUGACAUAUGGAGUUUCCUCCGCACCAUGAACGUGCCUGUGAACUCCCUGCACGCCAAAGGCUACAUCUCGAUAGGAUGUGAGCCAUGCACGAGGGCAGUGCUGCCUGGCCAGCACGAGCGAGAAGGGCGGUGGUGGUGGGAGGAUGCCAAGGCCAAAGAGUGCGGGCUGCACAAGGGCAACAUCAAGGAAGAGAACGUGAACGGAAGCGCUGUGCACCCUAAUGGAACCACGCCACACUCUGAUCUCUUCUCUAGCAACAAUGUGGUGAGCCUGAGCAGGCGUGGGAUUGAGAAUCUGCUGAAGCUGGAGAAGCGGAGUGAGGCUUGGGUGGUGGUGGUGUACGCGCCGUGGUGCAGAUUCUGCCAGGCGAUGGAGGAGUCGUACGUGGAGUUGGGCGAGAAGCUUGCGGGAUCAGGAGUGAAGGUGGCUAAGUUUAGGGGCGAUGGGGGAGAGAAAGCGUUCGCGCAGGAGCAGCUGCAGCUGGGGAGUUUCCCUACAGUGCUGUUGUUCCCGAAGCAUGCUUCGCGUCCGGUGAAAUAUCCAUCGGAGAAGAGGGAUGUCGACUCUUUGCUGGCUUUUGUCAAUGCCCUUGAGUAAAAUUUGGUCUAUGUUUUGCCAGAGAGGGCAUGGAUUUCGAUGGUUCAUUAGCUUCUCCACCAGUCUGCUCACUGGUAGAAUACAGUAGUUAGUAUUUUCAAGGCUCAUUUUUGUAUCUUGUGAUUCAGGUAGCCAAUGAUAAAAUCUCACUUCACACUGUGAAAGAUUCAUCUAUACUUACUUAAAAGUGGCGGUUAGAUGAAAGUACUUUUAUACCCUUUUUGGAGGAAAGUGAGAGAUGAGUGUAAUUAAUUUGUGAUUUUUCUUUUACAGCAAUUGUAAAUCCUGCUUUAAAAAUAAA